UUCCGGUCCGUCCAUUAGAUGCCAUCUGAACAUGCAUGCAAAGAAGUCAACUGUAGUGUGAGGACAUAAGCCAUCGGUCAAGUGAUUAUAGAGUAACAUCAGUUAGAAACUACCAUCACCAAAAUGUUGCGAAGAGUAUGUGCGUGUGUCGCCGCUUUGAUAGUCUUCCUUCCAGUUGUUUCUGCUGUGGUGACCAUUCGACCAAUCUCCAACAUCUACUUGCCAUACAAUUACAAUGGCGAUCAAGGCCUCUUCGGUAUUGAUGUUGCUGCAGUGGAGCAGACUGGAUAUGAUACUAACAACAAAAUUGCUUAUUCAGCAGGCGAUAGCUAUAUCCACAUCACUGAUUGGUCGGAUGUGACCACGCCCACUAUACUAGACCGUAUUGCUGUGCAGACGACUUGCAACGAUAUCGAGACUUGUGGUGAUUAUGUGGCGUUCGUCCUCCAGGGAACGCAGUCGACAGACAACGGAACUCUGCAUAUUUACCCCCUCUACGACAAAGCUCAUGGAAACUGGACGCAACUUCAUGAAAUCUCACUCGGUAGCAAACCUGAUAUGCUCCAUUUCUCUCACGAUUGUCGUACGAUUGUCGUCGCAAACGAAGGAGAAGCCGACCAGAAUGCCGACAUGACAGAAUUCAUCAACCGUGAAGGGUCCAUCUCCAUCGUCCGAUUAUCCGCCGAUGGCUCCACGUUUAGUUCAUCUUUGCUCAACUUCACUCAGUUUAAUGACAGAGCGGAUGAAUACGUCGCAAGAGGAGUGCGUUACCCAUACCGCGGGGAGUUAGAUGGUGCCAAUGAUACAUUCGCCCAAAACAUAGAGCCUGAAUACAUCACAUAUAAUUAUGAUGAUACGAAAGCAUUCGUUGCCUUACAGGAAAACAAUGCUAUUGCCGUGGUGGAUCUGGUUGCUGAUGAGAUAGAGGAUAUUUAUCCCCUUGGUGAAAAGAAUUGGAUUGACUUUGAUCUAGAUGCAAGCGACAAAGAUGAUGCUAUCAUUUUUAGGAGAAACAAUAUUUCCAGCUUCUACCAACCUGACGGGAUCAAGUAUUUCGAAGUGGAAGGGGUCGGCUAUAUCAUCACGGCCAAUGAGGGCGAUAAUUUUGAAUACACGCUGGGUACCGAGGAAUGGACAGAGGAGCAGAGAGGAAACGACUUCAAAGCAGAUGAUUUUGCAGACACAUUUGAUGACGGGCUGAUAGCUAAACUAGAUGAUAAUAACAUUCUUGGACGUCUGCAUUUCAGCACCGUCGAUGGUCUGGACAGUUCGGGUAAAAUUGAGAAGCUUUAUUUCUUUGGAGCACGAGGGUUUUCCAUUUUCAGGGCCUCCAACAUGACACUCGUCUACGACAGCGGCGAUGAGGUGGAGAACAUGAUAGCCAAGUUCUACCCUGACGUCUUCAACACGAACACUAAACCAGAUGAUCCUGCCACCGAGACACCGGCCGACUUGUUUGAUAAACGCUCCGACAAUCUGGGUCCCGAAUGUGAAUCGGUGGAGAUUGGCGAACUCGGUGGACGUCGUAUAUUUUUCGUCGGCGUGGAUCGUACAGCAGCGAUCCUCAUCUACUCUCUCGAAUCCGGCGAGGUCAUACCGACGUUCGAAAGCGUGUAUCGUGCGGGUGGCCGUGAUGAUACGUUCCAAAACCUUCUUGACAACCGCAACCUGGGCGACCUCGAUCCUGAAGAUCUCAAGUUCAUUCCUGCAUCUGAGAGCGUCACAGGAGUGGCCAUGUUGAUGGUUACGAGUACAGUAAGUGGAACUAUUUCUCUCUACGAGGUUUAUGAUGAUUCGUCCACCAUGUCCACGACAGAACCACCGAUGAUGACAACAGGCAACGGCAUCAUUCUGACUUCAUCCAAAGUUCUGUAUUUUCUGUCUAUAAUCUUUGGUUUUCUGAUUUUCCAAUGGUAGGUUUAAACCCUUG